UGAGAGCCAGCGAGACGACACAGAAAAGAGCCACAGCAAUUCACAAAACAGUCUUGGGAGCUGCAAUUGAGCCAUAAAGUCUGACACACGGAAUUCAGUUACAAGAAGAAAAAGAAGAGAAAGAGUCCAUAGGUGCCUAAGUGUCUUAAAGAAGACAUCCCUCUUGAGGAAUACGAUGGGACACAGGCAAUGGAUGGGAAUCCAAAGAAACCAGUGAUAUGCCCCCAAAAACGGGAUAUCAUCCUCCUUAUAAGCUCCCAGAUGAAGAAAAAAUAAAAGCAUGAGCUGAUGAAGUCCUAAAAUUACUUUAACAUGUUCCUUCUUAGAAAUAUCAAAAAAUUAAAGUGGGGAGACGUAUAAAUAAAAAGAGGUGAAAAUCGUGUUUGUAAAGGACCACUGAUUUUCUGAGUGGAAAAUGGCCAACAGCUCAAUGGAGUGCGGCGCAGGAAAAAAUUACAUUCAUUUCACGUAUGCCGUUACGUAUACUGUGAUCUUGGUGCCUGGUUUAAUUGGCAAUGUUCUAGCACUGUGGAUCUUCUAUAUUUAUAUCAAGGAGACCAAAAAAGCAGUCAUCUUUAUGAUCAACCUGGCCUUGGCGGACUUAGCGCAGGUUCUCUCUCUACCUCUCAGGAUCUAUUACUACCUGAAUAAUUCUUGGCCCUUUGGGGAGUUUAUCUGUAUGUUUUGUUUUUAUCUGAAAUACGUGAACAUGUACGCAAGUAUUUUCUUCCUGGCGUGUAUUAGUGUGAGGCGCUGUUUAUUCAUCAUUGACCCGCUGAGGUAUACUGGGGACUCGUUGAAGCGCAAAUGUGAUGUCUACGUCAGUAUUAUUGGAUGGUUUGUGGUCUGCUUGUCAUGUCUUUCAUUCCCCCUAAUGAGACGAGACUCUUCUAGCACUCAUUCCUUGAACAAAACCCAUUGCUUCACUGAACUUCCAGUAGCAAACCUUACACUUGGGACAGGCGUGACUAUGAUGAUUCUGGGGGAGAUGAUGGGUUUCCUUUUACCUCUUUGUGUGAUAUUCACUUGCUCUUGGAAAACUGCCAUGAGCCUCUUGGAGGAAAACGGUGUGCAGGACAGCGGAGAGAAGAAAAAAGCGUUUAAAAUGGUGCUGUGCUGUGCAAUUGUUUUCCUCAUCUGUUUUGCUCCUUACCACAUCACCUUUCCUUUUCAUUUUCUUGUUAUGUCAGGCAAGUUGUCUACAUGCUCAGCGAGGACUGUCAUUUUACAUAUCCACCCUAUAACUUUGUGCUUGGCCAGCAUGAACUCUGUACUGGAUCCUAUAAUGUAUUACUUUACCACAGACGAGUUCAAAAGGAGGUUUUCAAGGCAAGAACUAUUAAAGAAUGGCCAGUUUCACAGGAUUGUAUCCUGUCCAGUGGAAGAGGAUCAGAAUGGCACAGGCACUACUGAAAUUAUUCUGCUGGAAUCAUUGACUCCAGUACCAUCUGAAUCCUGAAAAUGUGAAAAAAGUUGGACCUGAGUACAGUUUUUAAAGACAAAUCUAUGUUGUUCAUCCAAACUUCAUUAAAGGCCUCAUAUUAACAAGACCGUUUUCCAUAAUCCGACAAAACAUUGGACUCCCACAUAUAAUGGUUUUUAAUUGCAACAGUGUUUUAAGAUUAAUCCCUUUUUGAACUAUAUGGAUAAUGAAGUGAUCAUUUUUGUUCUAUCAAAUCAGGUUGUCUUCCAAAGCAGAAACCUUCCAUUGAGGUAGUUGUGGAUUGAUACCAGGGAUUGUUAAUGUGAAUGUGAGUGUGCACUGUAACGGACUGACACCCCAUCCAGGGUUAAUUAAUAAUGUGCAACCAAAGCUACUGGGACAUGCUGAAUCCAUAGAACCCUGAAUUGAAUGAAGCAGGUUUGAGACUUCUACAUUCAUGGGAAUAAGUAAGUUCACCCCAUGAAAUUAUUUCUUUUUGACAUACAGUAUAUAGAUAUAUUACAAAUUGAUCUUCAUUUAAACCCUGUUUUUAGAUAAAGGUGAUGCAAAUGGGAAAGAAAAACAAUGGAAAUUUGACUAUGCCAUAUUUGAUAUAAUGAACAAUGAACAGAUAUGCCAUUUCUGUUUGUGGAAAAAAGUAUACCCUUGGCUGUAAUAGCUGGCAUUGCCCUCCCUGUCAGAAACAACCUCAAAUAGGCAUUUCCAAUAACUGCCUACCGGUCUCUGGUUUCGACUGAGAGAAAGUCUUUCCCACCCCUGUGCAGAAUUCUUCCAGGUGUGUAAUGCCUGUGGGGUGUCUUGUGUGCACUCCUUGUUUCAAAUUCCCGCAUGACAUCUCAAAAUAAUUUAGAUCCAAACUUUGGUUUACCCAUUCAAGGACUCUUCGUUUCUUUCUAUUCAGUUAUUCCUUUGGUGGAUUGACUGGUAUGUUUAUGGUCAUUGACAUAUUGCAAAGUCAACUAUUGGUUGAGCUUCAGUCUUGUGACAGAUGAUUUCACAGGUAAGCACCCUCCGCUAGUAGAUAGUGUAGCAUAACAGCCCUGGAUUAUGUAGCAUAACAGCCCUGAACCAUAACAUUUCCACCACUAUGUUCUUCAGAUCAAAUGCUGUCAAAUAUGUCUUCUUAUACUCUAGCUGAAUAACUCUAUCUAUACAUUGUUGGUCCAGAGCACAUUAUUCCCAAAGUCCUUGUCCUUGUGCAAACUUCACUCUUGCCCUGGUGUUAUUUUCUGCAGAGCAAAGAUUUCCCCCUGGCACACCUCCCAUGUAGAUUUAAUCCAUGAUGCUUCUUCCUAAAGGUAGAUUCAUGCAUUUUGAUAUUAGCAGUGGCUAGACCUACCUGUGGACCGCAAGAUGAAAUUCUGGCAUUCUUGCAGACUUAUUUUAACAUCUUGCGUUCUGCCCUCAGGUUAGGUUUGCUGGGGUGGCCUUGUCUGAAGAAGUUGGCAGCUUUUUCAAGUCUUCUCCACUUGUAGAUAAUCUUCUAGACAGUGGAAUGGUGGAUUUGUAACUGUUUAGAGAUCUUUUGAAAUCAUUUCCCAGGCUCACAGGCAUCUAUAACCUUCCUUUUGAAGUCCUCAGAGAGCUCUUCCAAUCUUAGGUUGGUGUUAACACACCCGUCAACAACAAGAAGCAAACCAAGCCAAAUGUCUGUGGUUUAAAUAAGACAAGGUCCUCUUUUAAAAUGUUGUAAUCAUUUUCACCUUAUUGUGUGUUAUCUUGCACCCUAGGCCAAGCUUAUUAGUGUGCCAACUGACUGUUUGGUAGCUAACCCGUGCAGCUGGGUUUUUCUCCACCUUAUGAUCUGAACGCCUAAUUUGCCUUAAUGGUGGCAUCGGCCCUGGGUUCAUCCGAUUCUAAUUUGAGAUAUUUGAGGUAGAGAUGAACGUUGGGGUGUCCUUACUUUUUCCACAUUUCAAAUUUGCAUUCACAGUCGACUACAAAAUAUAAAUGUGGCGUGAUGUUUGUUAUAUCACCUUUAUCAAUGGAUGCUGUUUAAAUGAAAAUCAAACAUUGAUAUAUCCACAUUUGUUUAAAAACAAAAGAAAACUUUCAUACUUACAUUUUAAUAUGACUGUCUGUUGUGCAAUCACAACAUCACUGGUUAUUAUUUGAAUGAAGAAGACAGAAGACACUUUUAAUUCAAGGACUACAUGCGGUCUCAUACCUUCCCACUUUGUCUCUCAUUCAUGUGAAUUUCUGAAUUCGUGUUUUCGGAGAAAUGGUUUCUAUUAAUUUGCUGCUCUACCCGCACAACAAUCAACUAAAGAUGAAAUGCAAGUUGCAUAUUGUAUUACUCCACAUACAGUUUCUACCUUAAAAAAAUGCAAUUUCUGGCGAACCUGGUUAUUAUUUAAUUUUAUGCAAUUGAAAGAGAUGGAAGGUCCUUUUGCCUGGCUAAUUCAGGUAACGUUUUCUAGAAAUUUCUCUCUCUUUUUAGGGCAGUCACGUGAAAUAUUCCCACUGGUGUUACCCAUAGCAUGCAAAUGCAGCCAAGUAUGGGAUACGGAUUUACAAAUGCUGUGUAUUGUAUAAAGGUUCAGAACAGCAAAAUAAGAAUUGACUUUGAUCAGCAACUGAUAUUUUGCCACACAGUGCAGCUGCCUUCAUUUUGUUGCAUAAUGCACUUUAUCCUUAUUCGAGCUUUGCAUUUAGAAGUGUUAGGUGAUAUCAGGCAGAACAUUUGUGGCUGUUAAGCCGAACAGCACUGUGAGGCCUCUCAUACCAGAGGAAGUAGCAUUAAAAACCUGGUUUACCUUAAAAUAAAAAGCAGAACAUAUGGCGGGCUCCGUUUACUCAUCAUGCAAGACAUUUCAACAUUUUGCUACAAACCUAAAAGAGAAGAUAAAAGAACAACCCUCUCUCAAGAGAAAAAAAUAAGCUUUUCAUUUCUUUAGAUGAUACACAAAUGCCAAUUCCUGUUCCUUGACCACUGAUGUUUAUCUAAAAAGUUGCCCAAUACCAGUUAAGGAAUUGCUGUUGUAAAAUUACACUUAAAUUAUUUCCACAGAUUUUUUUUUUAGGAAACUUGCAAAGAAGUCAAGAAAAUGGUUGGCUAUUUAUCAGAGAAGAGCUUUGACUGAGAGCUCUGUAAUGAUUCUUGAUUAAGUGUCUAGUAUUAUUAAGAUUAAAGCAUCAUUUUAUAAAGGAAAAAUCAUUGAAAGGAAAGGAGGGCAUGUUAGCCCCCAGUACACCACUAAGGAAUAAACCUAAAAGUGGAGGUAACCUUUACAUCGCAUACUCAUGUCUGUCUUACCUUUUAAUCAAUUACAGCAGUAUUGUUAAUUAUAUUAUCGUGUCCUUGUGGUUCUCAAUGAAGUGUUUUUAAUUUUAAAACAUAUUCGUUAUAGGAUCCAGUGUGUGAAAAACCCUGAUUAUGUGUGCGUGACUAAAACUAAGCACCAUGUUAUAACAGAAGACAAAUGUUUGAACAAACCGUAUCCAUGUGAAGCGAGGUCUUUUUGUUUUAAAUGCUACUAAAGAACGUGUGCUGGGCCUUCACAGUUUCAGUCAAAGGACAAGCAAAGUCCAAGUGUAUAUGACUGAUUAAAACUGUGAAAAUGUUAAAAUGUCAUGUUAGAUUUUGUGAAAUUGUGUGGCAAUCCUUGCCUUCAACUACAAAAACUGUCAUUUUAUUGUGUUUUUUCCAAAGAUUUAUUUAACCGUUAUUUAAUGAAUAAAUAUUUAAAUACUUUCCUAAA